UUCCUAUCGCGAGGUUAUCACGUUAGCUCGGUUAGUUAGCUAGCCGCGAAAAGCUUAGUAGUGUACCCUCAUUUUACAGGUUUUUUUUUUAAAUUAUUGUGAAAACACAGAGGGGACUGCGCAUUGCUGUUUGAUUACUGUCUUCUCCCGCCUGCGAGAAAGAAUAAUCGCCGGACCUUGUGUUUGCACGCAUCCCAAUGAUGAGUUAUGCUGAAAAGCCAGAGGACAUCACAAAAGAAGAGUGGAUGGACAAACUGAACAAUGUUCACAUACAGAGGGCGGACAUGAAUCGGCUCAUUAUGAAUUACCUGGUGACAGAAGGAUUUAAGGAGGCAGCGGAGAAGUUUCGGAUGGAGUCUGGUAUCGAGCCAAGUGUGGACCUGGACUCUUUGGAUGAAAGGAUAAAGAUUAGAGAGAUGAUACUGAAGGGACAGAUACAGGAAGCUAUUGCACUCAUCAACAGCCUACACCCAGAGCUGCUCGACACCAAUCGAUACUUGUAUUUUCAUCUGCAGCAGCAACAUUUGAUUGAGUUAAUCAGGCUAAGGGAGACUGAGUCAGCACUGGAGUUUGCCCAGACACAGCUGGCCGAGCAGGGGGAGGAGAGCCGAGAGUGUCUGACAGAGAUGGAGAGGACACUAGCCCUUCUGGCCUUUGACAACCCAGAGGAGUCACCCUUUGGAGACCUGCUCAACAUGAUGCAGCGGCAAAAGGUGUGGAGUGAGGUGAACCAAGCUGUGCUGGACUAUGAAAACAGGGAGUCGACACCCAAAUUGGCUAAACUGUUGAAGUUACUGCUGUGGGCACAGAAUGAGCUGGACCAGAAGAAGGUGAAAUAUCCCAAAAUGACUGACCUUAGCACGGGCACCAUCGAGGACCCCAAGUGAACAUAACAGAAAAGAACAACCACCUUCCACGUCUCCUUAAUUUAUGAUCAGUCAGUGACUGUGUGACAACCAGGUAACAUAUAUGUAUAAACAAAUUCUACGUUGUUUUUUCAUGUUUCAUUCAUGAGAAGUAAGACUUAACUCAUUGUGCAAACUGUAAAUUGCUGUAUUUGCAAAGUGACAGAAAUUAUUUAGUUUAAAUACUGAUCCUGGAUUUUUAGAAAGGUCUUGGACACAACAAAAUUAAAAUCGCUGUUUUAUAUUUUGUCUUUCUAAAGCCUAAGCCAGUUGUAUUAUUUAUUGUGACCUCUUUUUCCCACCGAGAUGUUAUUUUGCCAAGAAGAGAGUUGAUGGUAUAUAUAUAGAUGGUUCAAACUUUAAAACAGCAGAUAUACAAUUACCCUUUUUAAUGAAGAUAUGUUAAGAUUGAGAUGACACACUAAUCUUAAUUAAAUUAAAAUCGAAAUUUCUUACACAAAAUGUGAAUAUUUUUCAAUGAAAUGGAAAGAUACACUUUUAAUGUAAUAUAAUUUUAAUUAAUAUAAUAUUUUACAGUUUUAUUUAGUAUGAUGUUUGAAAAUUUCCUAUAAAAUCAACCAUUUGCUUUCUACACCUUGAAAUUUGAUUGUACCUUUACAGUAUGUCUAUGGAAUGAACUGCCUUGUAAAAUGAUCGUUUCGCAUGUGUGCUUGAGGAGGUGAAAUACGGCCUGACUGACAGGUUGAAAUCAGAGAUGGCGUUCUUACUGAGUGGAGCCCCCAGCAUGUUCCAAAUGGUCGUGUUUGGUUUUAUGUUGUAGGGGGCUGAGGUCAUGAUAAUCUUCUGCCAUUCUCAGUGAUGGAGGCAGGAUUUAUACGCUGCUCCAGGAAUAAAUGAGGGGGCUGUUAUGGCUGUUUUCUGGUUUAAACUCUCAUAUUUAAUGAAAUGAUUUUGUUCAUUGGCUUUGUUUUAAUAAUUAAUAACAAUGAUCAAAAGCAUUGAAUUUUUGAAUCUGAACUGGCCGCUCACAGAACCUGCUGUCCAUUUUGCCACUUGCCAAACCAUUAGUAUUUUCACUUUAACUGCAUGUAAGUGUAUCCUUUUUUUUCAAUGGGGAAAAGGCACUUUGUUCUUGUUUAUUUUGUUUGGUUGGUUUACUUUUAUAAAAAAAAAAACAAAAAAAAACAAACUUGCUGCUAGUCGUCCAUUCUUAACUUCUUUUAAGGUUUUGUUAUCUUUAUAGACAUUGGCUUUGACAAAACAAUGAGACCCAGAGAGCUCACAUCCCUUUUAUUAUUCAACAUUUUUAUGAUCAGAUUUGCAAUUAUUAAAAUAAACAAAACUUUUGUGAACCAUAAAAGAGCUGUUUUUCAUUUUCUGCGUUGCGAGUGCAUGAGUUCAAAUUUGAAGGGAAAAUCCACUGGUUAGAGAAUUGUUACUCCAGUAAAGGUUGUUCAAGCUCUUUAUUUUACUGUAAAAACCUGACGAUGGAUUUACAGUAAACCCGGGCGCUUGACACAACAAAUGCGCCUCUGUCCUUUUGAAGGGAGGGAAUGCAAAUGUUAUACCUAGAGAAACCACCAAUCAGACCUCUGCUGUCAGUAUUGCAAAUCAAAUCCAUGUGGUCUGUUGAGUUUUGUUCCAACAAGUUUUACUUGUUUGGCCUGUCUGCCUGAGGAAAUGAAGUAUAGCUCUUCCACACCUCUCAGUGUGGGAGAGCUGCACAGAUAACAGAGUUGCUCUCUGAAUGGCUGACGAGCACACAUCAGGAGACGCAAGGAAUGGCUUCAAUGGUUCUCUGUUGGAUCUUGAGAUUUACACAACCAAUGAAUCUACCAAAGAAGAGCCAGAAAACCAAACCCUGUGGCCCAGGUGAGACUGCAGAGCAUUUAGAUAAGACUAAGAUACAAUGUUAUUUAAUUUAUACCCUGUUUUGCUGUUCUCGAUAAACCUAUUUCAAGUUGUGGCAUUACAUCUGAGCUAAAUCACAUUUAAUGUUUUAAAAAUGUGAAACAACACAUUGCCUUCAUAUGUACUAGGCAUGAGCAGAAUGUAAACUGUUUGUUGACUGAAAUAAAUAUUGUGGGCUACCUUGAAA